AUGACGUCCUCAGCAUUCAGCUCGGAUGAAGGGGAAAUCGUAGAGGCAACUCCCCUGCCUCGCUCUGAACAAAACGGUGAUGUUGACCGAAACGGCAGACAUCGAGGCAGAUUCCCAUCGUGCACGCCUGAGGGUGACUUGCCAUCGAGAGACUCGGCCGACGGAUCUAGACGGAGCCGCUCACCCCGCGCCUGGAAGCGGCCUCGUGAGGACCGCCGUGACCGACGCGACACACGCCAGUUCCGCGUCCAUUACGAAGGCGGUUCACGUGAUGACCGCCGCCCGUACCGCGAUCUAGACCGCCCUCCCUCGCGCGGCUCGGACCGCUACGACGAGCGCUCGAACACUCGCCAUGGCAGCCGCGAACCACCAAUAUCUCGCCCCGGAGGGCACCGCCCUAGCGGCUAUGACCGCAGCCAUGGCCGUGACCGCAGAAAUGAUGGCUAUCCAGAAAAGCGGCCUCGGACCCGCAGCCGGUCCCCCCGCGACGGAGACGGCAGGGGAAAGAGAGGUGGAGGCCGCUAUGGAGCCGAUUUGAGGUCAGGGGAAGACAAGUACAGUGCCCCUACUGAGAGACGCCCACAGGAUGGCUCUUUGUCCAAACGGGCCACUCCGGUGGAGGCUCCUGAUUCCAGGCAAAAUGCUAAAAGUGAUAAAGGUGCUACGGCUGAACGAGGCAUCGACCAUCUUGCCAUCUCACAGACCAGCGCACCUCCCGAACCUGAUAUGGACUGGGAUCCAGAUACGGCUCUAGACGAAGAAGCUGCCGUGCAGGCCGAGAUUGAGCGUCGGAGGCGUGCGAGAGAGGCGGCUCUCAAGCGGGGCCUCGGUGCCGCAACCCCCACAAUUCAGACGUUGCAAAUCGCCGAUAAGCCCGCAUCCACGCCAAUUUCCACUCGCCAGAGCACGCCGGGGCUUCAGAGACCCGAUGGCGCCACUCCGUUGUCAAAUGGCCCCUCAUCACCCGGCCUAUCGCCUGGCAAAAUCCAAGCGGCUCUGUCCCCUGGGGUCUUUAACUUUGCUGACGAUCAGGCACUCAUAAAUGCCCACGGUGAUGCCAAAGCUCUCGAUGAGGAUGGCCCCUCAGCUGCUGACUAUGACCCCACGCUCGACAUGCGUGAGGAUGAGCGGCGAGACGAAAUGCGCCAUGGGAAUGUAGGUCUGCAUGGUGAGCCACGUCCUGCCUCCCAGGACGAGGUCAAGGCACCCGUCCCCGAGAAGAAGGAAGACGAGGGCGCCAAGAAAGACGAAGAUGACGAUGAUGAUUUCGACAUGUUCGCAGACGACUUUGCCGACAAGUUCGCCGCGCCAGCACCUGCGCAACCCGACGCAACCCAGGACGUGAGGGCGCCGCAAGGCGGCGGUGGCGGUAUCUUGGAGGGCGACGAUAAAGAGGGCUACUACAAGAUCCGGCCGGGGGAGCUGCUAGAUGGUCGCUAUCAGGUAUCGACGACGUUGGGUCGUGGCAUGUUUUCGGGGGUGGCUCGUGCCGUCGAUAUCACCACCAAGAAGGACGUGGCCAUCAAAAUCAUGCGGAACAACGAUGCGCUGCGGAAAGGAGGCUUCACAGAGAUCAACAUCCUCGAGAAGCUCAAUGCCGCGGAUCCGGAUGACAAGAAACACAUCGUUAGGUUCGAGCGGUCAUUCGAGUACAAGGCGCAUCUCUGCAUGGUUUUCGAAAACCUGAGCAUGAAUCUCCGCGAGGUCCUCAAGAAGUUUGGCAACAACGUCGGCAUCAACCUGAACGCGACGCGGGCGUACGCCUACCAAAUCUUCCUAGCGCUGGGCCACAUGCGCAAGUGCAGCAUCGUCCACGCCGAUUUAAAGCCUGACAAUAUUCUGGUGAAUGAAGCACGCAACAUGCUUAAGAUCUGUGAUCUGGGCACAGCGAUCGACCGUUCUGACGCUGCGACGGCGGCAACCGAACCCAUGCCGUACCUUGUCAGUCGGUUUUACCGUGCGCCAGAGAUCAUUCUCGGCGUGCCGUUCGAUUAUGCCGUCGACAUGUGGUCCAUUGGCUGCACGUUGUAUGAGCUCUACACCGGCAAAAUCCUUUUUACGGGCGAGAACAACAACCAGAUGCUCAAGAACAUCAUGGAGAUCCGGGGCAAGUUGAGUGCAAAGCUCUACCGGCGCGGCGAACUUGCGCACAACCACUUUGACGAGGUGGGCAACUUCAUCAGCGUGGAACGAGACAAGAUUUUGGGCAAGACAAGCAUCCGCACCCUCGCCAGCGUUAAGCCGACGCGGGACUUGCGCACGCGCCUCCUGGCCGCGUCUGCGGGCAUGGAUGACGCCGAGAGCAGGGAGCUCAACCACUUUGUCGACCUGCUCGAGCGGUGCUUAACGCUGAACCCAGAUAAGCGCCUCACGCCUGCCGAGGCCCUCAAACAUCCGUUUUUUACCCAUCGGGUGCAUGUUCAUGGGCGGUAA